AGCCUCCGCCCGGGGCCGCCCCGCGGCUCUGCGCAGGCCCCGCCGGGCCGGGCCGCCAUGUGGGUGUUCGGCUACGGCUCCCUCAUCUGGAAGGUGGAUUUCCCCUACCAGGAGAAGCUGGUGGGGCGCGUCCGCGGCUACAGCCGGCGCUUCUGGCAGGGCAGCACCGACCACCGCGGGGUGCCGGGCAAGCCUGGAAGAGUUGUGACCCUGGUUGAAGAUGCUGAGGGGUGCGUGUGGGGCGUUGCUUACAGAUUACCGGCUGGGAAGGAAGGAGAAGUGAAGGCCUACCUGGAUUUCCGGGAGAAGGGCGGCUACAGGACCACCACGGUCAUCUUCUACCCGAAGGACACGUCGGUGCAGCCCUUUGACGUGCUGCUGUACAUCGGCACCCGCGACAACCCCAACUACCUGGGCCCCGCGCCGCUCGAGGACAUCGCGCGCCAGAUCCUGGGCGCCGCCGGGCCUAGCGGCAGGAACACGGAAUAUCUGUUUGAGCUGGCCAACUCCAUCAGGAACCUCGUGCCAGAGGAUGUGGAUGAGCACCUCUUCUCCUUAGAGACACUGGUCAAAGAGCUCUUGAACAAGCACCAAAAUCUCAACUGUCUAUAAAAUAACAACAAGCUGGUUCUGUCUUCAGAGAAGAGGUUUUGUUGGCCAUGGGCAUGUGACGGGGAGGAGUGUUCCUCUGUAUUGUGCUAUCCUAAUUAAUACCGCAUAUCUUAAUUAAUGCUGCAUUCAGAAUAGGAGUUGGUUGCUUAAAGCGAAACUGCCAAAAUCAUUCUUUAAGGAGUCCGGAGAAAGGCGAGCAAGGAAAGUGUUCUAGGUUUGAAUUUGGUAUCUUAGCUUUUCAUCCAAAGACUACACCUCAGGACAACCACUUAAACUUCUCUUUAUGUUUUGUUAUUAUUUUAGGUUUAAAAUAAAUCUUUAGAAUACUUUUGAGUCAAAAUCAGCAUGCAGAGACAUAGUUCCAUAGGUCUAAGUGAUAAUUUGUUCUGAUUCCAGACCACAGUGCAGGAAUUUUAAGUGAUUGGCCUAAAUUGUGUAGUAGAACAUUUAUAUCAACAUUCAACUCCUCUGAAAUGAAGUUACAUCACUGAAUUAGUUAUCUCACCCUUUAGAUGUUAAUUUAUCCUUAAAUGCAGAGGAUAAACCAUUUUAUUGUAAAGGAAAUAAUUCCUUCCCUUGGCUGCUGAUGUCAAGCCCUGAAAACCAAAACUCUGGGCACUCUGACUCAAACAAGCCAUAACCUAUCAGUGCCUCAUUUUCAUUUUUAAUCCUAAUAUAAAGAAUAACCCCAAAAUAUUGAAAUUAACUAAGAGCAUGACUUCAAGUCACAACACAGCAAGAACAGAAACUCUCAUCUCUGUUACUUCAGGUGCUGUUGUGGCCCCAUCUCUUGAAAAACCCCAGCUCCAAGGAUAGAUUUUAGUUUUAGGAAUUCACCAACAGAAGGUAAUUAAGGAAAGAACCCUCUUUCCAGUAACCUUAGGGGUGUGUAUGGACAUCUCAAGAGGGUUGGGAAGCCCCCAGUUCAGGGUAGUUUUAUUCCGGAUGCAAUCCAUCAGCACACGGAGUAUCCGUCCCGACGUGAGAUUUGUCUCACUCCUCAAAACUUUUAUUUUUAUUAACUUUUAACUGAGUAUAUUUUUAUAUCUUAAUAUAAAAGGUCCUGUUUCAGACACCAUGUAACGCCCUGAUUUCCCAUUCAAGGAAUGUGUAAGUGUUUUGUAGUAGCCUGGAAGCCUGGAUUCUGCAUCAGUAAUUGCAAAAAGUGUGGUUUUCCCUUAAAAAGACUGACCCUUCUUUAUAUCUUCCUGGUUUAUAUUUAUAAAGGUAAAAAUGUGCAAUGGCGCUCUCUGCUUUCUUGAAAAUUCUUUUUAGGUUUAAAAACUCUUCCCUCAAAGACUUACCCUUGUUCCUUAAAACAGGGCAGGGGAUGCUUGUGCUCAGUAAUGAUCCAGAACUAUCAGGGCUGAUUCCCUCUCUAAAAUGCUAAUUAUUUAAGUACUGUGAUUCCGUGUAGCUCCACAUUCUCUGUCUUUAAUUGUCUCCAAGGCUUUGUUGGUUCACUUGCUUCCCAAAUCCGUAAACCAUUGCAAUAAUACACGUUCCUGUGUACGUGUGUACAACUUCAGUGCAAUAAAAAAUGCAUUACAACAACUAA